CUGAAGCACAUCCCUACCUUGGGAUUCGACUGGCCAAUUUUAUACUAUCUCGACACACUUCGCUACUUUUCCAAUGGAAAGACCUAUGUUGACGAGACCGUUGCCAAAUUCCCGAAUCAAGUCAUCAAAAUACCAGAUUUUUUACAUUGGAAGGUUGUAUUGUCUGGGUCUGAUGCAAUUGAAGAGCUGCGUUCAGCCCCCGAGGAUGCGCUAUCGCUCUCUGAUGCGCAAGAUGAGUUUCUUCAAACGGUUUACACACUCGGCCCCGGCUUCAGCGAAGCACCACACCACGUAUCUAUUGUCAGGUCACAACUCACUCGGGCCCUUCCAAAAUUUGUUCCAGAAGUGCAUGACGAAAUCGUCUCUGCUUUCGAUGAGUUGAUCAUCUCACCCAAUGAUCACGGUUGGAAGAGCUUUACGGCUUUAAAAACGAUGACGGAGGUGGUAUGCCGAGCAAGCAACCGCGUCUUCGUCGGCCUUCCUUUGUGCCGCAACCCAGAAUACCUCAAGCUUAGCAUACAAUUCACUACCGAAAUUCUCGCCAUGACCACCUUUCUUCAGUUGGUACCACGACUCCUAAGGCCGGUUGUCAACCGCUUUUAUUCAAGGCUUCCGGGACGUUUCCAGCAAGGGGUGAAGCACCUCAAACCUAUUGUUGACGCUCGCAGGGAGGAACAGGAAAAAGUAGGAGAUGGGUAUGAGAAGCCGCUUGACUUUCUAUCAUGGCUUAUGGACGAAGCGAAAGACGAAGAGCAAACCAUAGAAAGUCUCACGAGGCGCGUCUUAGUUGUGAACUUCGCGGCUAUUCACUCAUCUUCAAAUUCGUUUGUCCAUGCUCUCUUCUACCUAGCUGCUUUACCCAAAUAUAUGGCACCCCUUCGCGCAGAAGUUGAGGAGGUCAUCAAACGAGAAGGCUGGAGCAAAGAAGGCCUAGAUCAGAUGCACAAGGUCGACAGUUUCACCAAGGAAUCACAGCGAAUGAAUCCUAUCGGAAAUCUCCUGAUGGGGCGUGUUGCUCGGAAGGAUUACACAUUCGCGGACGGCACCUUCGUUCCCAAAGGAACCACAGUCUGCGUCAACUGUACGCCAGCUCACAACGAUCCAGAAAAGUACGACAACCCCGAUCGGUUUGACGGCUUUCGUUUUGCGAAAAUGAGGCUGUUGCAGGAUGGGAGGAAAUACGAUAUAGUCACCACCUCCCCAGAGUUCGGACAUCGACGCCAUGCAUGUCCCGGACGUUUCUUUGCUGCCUGCGAGCUCAAGAUCAUGCUUGCGCAUACAGUUCUCAACUACGACGUGAAGAUGGAGAAUGAGGGUGUGCGGCCUCCUGAUCUGUGGUUUGCAUCGGCCUGCAUAGUACCCAAUCGGAAGGCGAAGGUAAUGUUUCGCAGACAUGCAAGGUAG